AUGAGCUGGGUCCAAGCCAUCCUGCUAACCCGGGGCUUGUCUCGGGGCUGGGGAGGCAUCUGCGGGGCCACUCUCACAGGAACCCCCUUCUCUCAGGUACUCCUGGCAGCCCCUCGGGGCCUCCACUGCAGUGCAGCCACCCACAGCUCGGACUCAUCACUUGUUCCACGGCCCCCUGAGCCCAUGAGGGGCCCCAUCAAGGCCCCGGUGCCCCACGAGGAGCUGUUUGGACAGGCAUCUAGUGGGGAGCGGGACAAGGCUAGCUUCCUGCAGGCCGUGCAGAAAUUUGGGCAGCACAACGUGCGCAAGCGGGGCCACGUUGACUUCAUCUACCUGGCCCUGAGCAAGAUGCGACAGUACGGCGUCGAGCGUGACCUGGCCGUCUACAACCUGCUGCUCGACAUCUUCCCCAAGGAGGUCUUCCGGCCGCGCGGCAUCAUCCAGCGCAUCUUCGUGCACUAUCCGCGGCAGCAGGAGUGCGGCAUCGCUGUCCUGGAGCAGAUGGAAAAGCACGGGCUGAUGCCCAACAAGGAGACGGAGUUCCUGCUGAUUCAGAUAUUUGGACACAAAAGCUACCCCAUGCUCAAGUUCCUGCGCAUGAAGCUGUGGUUUUCUCGCUUCAAGAAUAUCAACCCCUUCCCCGUGCCCCGCGACCUGCCCCAGGACCCUGUGGACCUGGCCAAGUUGGGCCUGCGACAUAUGGAGCCCGACCUCAGCGCCCGUGUCACCAUCUACCAGAUGCCUUUGUCCAAAGACGCCACCGAAGCAGCGGAACCCACCCAGCCCCACAUUGUAGGAAUCCAGAGUCCCGAUCAGCAGGCUGCCCUGGCUCACCACAACCCAGCCCGGCCUAUCUUCGUUGAAGGCCCCUUCUCCCUAUGGCUCCGUGAUAAAUGUGUUUACUACCACAUCCUUAGAGCUGACUUGCUACCACCUGAAGAGCGGGAAGUGGAGGAGAUUCCCGAGGAGUGGAACCUCUACUACCCCAUGCAGCUGGACCUAGACUACGGGAGGGGUGGCUGGGAUGACUACACCUUUGACAUGGAUGAAGUGGAGGAAGGGCCUGUCUUUGCCAUGUGUAUGGCAGGUGCCCACGACCAGGCCACACUUGCCAAGUGGAUCCAGGGCCUGCAGGAAACCAACCCUGCCCUGGCCCAGAUCCCCGUGAUCUUCCGACUGGCAGGGUCCACUGGGGAGCUCCUGGCGGCCUCCCCAGAGCUAGAGGAGCCACCCCCACCUCCUCCCCAGGGCCAGGGCCAGGAGGAAGAGGAAGACAACGUGCAGCGGCAACAGCAGGGCCAGAGCUGA